GCUAGGGUUCUGCUGCGAACCCGAUAAUGGUGGUGAUCAGAGGUUGUCGGGUAUGCGCGAUGCUCUUCUCCUAUUUCUUUGAUUUUUUGGUUUGGUUUGUUGCGAAUGUUGGCUUUUCGCCUCAGUCAAUAGAGCAUCAGGCGGCUUAUGGGCCACAACCUUGGCGGUGCAAGCGUUCAGCAACUGCACCAACUAGAGAAACAACUAACUGAUGGCUUAGUUUUAAUCAAAGAAAAUAAGGUUUUGAUCUAUCUUUAAAUUAAUGGGAAUUUAAUAAAUUUUUAGUUUGUGAAUCUUGUGUUCAUGAUGCUAUGCUGUUUGAGGAGAUUGAACAUUCAAAUCGCAAAGGAACGAGAACUUGCUUAUGAAACGAUGUUCUUCAAGGAGAGAUGGAAAACUUAAAGUGCUUCAUACAGUUGACUCGACAACCUGGUCAACUUGGUUUCCUAGAAUACACUCAUGUUGUUCCAAUAGCAGUGCUGCCCACUCGAAGCAUGACCGGGUUUUGCCGGAUACCGUAUGCUACUAUGGAUCCGAUGACACCGAUUCAGAAACAACACUUCAUCUGAAGUUUCAAUCCUAUUCCCGAGCCUACAUCGACUUUAAACGACCAGAGGAUGUUAUCGAGUUUGCAGAGUUCUUUGACGGACAUGUGUUUGUUAAUGAGAAGGGUAAUACCAACCAUCUACAUUUAAGGGGUCAAAUGUCAUUACUGGUGGUAGGGUUUUUUUUCACUAUUUUGAACAUUUUGGCCAAGCUCCGCCGCUGCAUAUGUUGGUGAGGCUCUCUCUAGAUUGGAUGUUUUCAUAACACGUCCCGAUGCAUUACACCCGGAUAAUGUAAAGUAAUGGCUAAUGACAAUGCUAUUUUGAAGGGAAAACUGGGCGACUCAAUUGAAUCCGAGCUUCGUUUUAUCAUACCUCUGAGAACUGCCUGUAUUUUAUUGGAAAAUGACCUCUUUGUUGGAAAAUGCCAGUAGAUAUUAUAUGUUUGUGGUAAGCCACCCGCGAAACUCGCGGGAUCUUAGGCUAGUGUUAUAUAGAACAAUGAUGGUUUUUUUCAUAGUUAAACUUUUUUAUACCUUUUAUUUUUUAAUAUAAAAAUGUUAUUAA